CCAUCCAUCUUACGGGUUCUGCCUCUUUCCUGGAGUUAAACUUUUCUGAAGACACCACAAGCCCCAGGCCCUGCUCGUCUCUCCGGAGCAGAAGCAAAGCAGGAGGGAGUCCGCCGAGGGGGCGGGCUGGCCCAUGCCCAGGAGCUCCAAUGUCCUCACCCCACUUGCCCAGCUCCGUGGAGGCCAAGGCCACCGGUGCCCGCAGCGGACUUCAGUCCCACAGGAAGCACCAGGCCAGCCACUGCAGGGGAUCAAAUGGCAAGACUGUGCCCUGCCUUCAGGGGCCUGUAGCCCGUGCGCUUUCCUAGUCCCACCAGGAGCCACCGUCCCAGUCUCCUCCUGCCUCCACCCUUGGCAUCGGUCCCCCAGCUGACCCGUCACCAUGGCAGCCCUGAUCGCAGAGAACUUCCGCUUCCUAUCACUCUUCUUCAAGAGCAAGGAUGUGAUGAUUUUCAACGGGCUGGUGGCACUGGGCACGGUGGGCAGCCAGGAGCUGUUCAGUGUGGUGGCGUUCCACUGCCCUUGCUCACCAGCCCGGAACUACCUGUACGGGCUGACAGCCAUCGGUGUGCCCGCCCUGGUGCUCUUCCUCAUUGGCGUCAUCCUCAACAACCAUACCUGGAACCUGGUUGCCGAGUGCCAGUACCGGAGGACCAAGAACUGCUCGGCUGCCCCCAACUUUCUCCUUCUAAGCUCCAUCGUGGGCCGCGCAGCCGUGGCCCCCAUCACCUGGUCUGUCAUCUCUCUGCUGCGCGGUGAGGCCUACGUCUGUGCUCUCAGCGAAUUUGUGGACCCCUCUUCGCUCACAGCUGGGGAAGAGAGUUUCCCACUGGCCCAGGCCACAGAAAUCCUGGCCACGUUCCCGUGUCGGGAGGGCCCUGCCCGCCUGUCAAGUUUCCGGGAGGAGGUCAGCCGCAGGCUCAAGUACGAGUCCCAGCUCUUCGGGUGGCUGCUCAUCGGUGUGGUGGCCAUCCUGGUGUUCCUGACCAAGUGCCUCAAGCACUACUGCUCACCGCUCAGCUACCGCCAGGAGGCCUACUGGGCGCAGUACCGGGCCAACGAGGACCAGCUCUUCCAGCGCACGGCCGAGGUGCACUCGCGGGUGCUGGCUGCCAACAACGUGCGCCGCUUCUUCGGCUUCGUGGCACUCAACGAGGAUGACGAGCAGCUGGUUGCCAAGUUCCCAGUGGAAGGCACACAGCCACGGCCACAGUGGAACGCCAUCACCGGCGUCUAUCUGUACCGCGAGAACCAGGGCCUUCCACUCUACAGCCGCCUGCACAAGUGGGCCCAGGGUCUGGUGGGCAACGGCGCAGCCCAAGACAACACAGAGAUGGUCCUGCUCGCCUCCUAAGGGUCCUGUUCCCACACUCUUUGCCAAUGACACGACUUGGUCCCAAACAGAACCCCAUGGCCUGUUCACAUCAGCAUCAGAGGGGAAU